AUGGAAGGCGCUAGAAUAUUUGAAAGCGAUGAAGACAAACCGUGUUCACUAAAUGAAAUUUUCCUUUAUCCAUUACGUGUCCUUUAUACAUCAUUUUCAUAUUUUGCACAAACAGUAAUUGGUAUUGAUUUGGGUACAACUUAUUCUUGUGUUGCCGUUCAAAAGAACGGUCGUGUCGAAAUUAUCGCUAAUGAUCAAGGUCACCGUAUCACUCCUUCCUACGUCGCCUUUACCGAUGAUGAACGUUUAAUUGGUGAUGCUGCUAAGAAUCAAUACUCUGCUAAUCCCACACGUACUGUUUUCGAUGCUAAGCGUCUUAUUGGUCGUCGUUAUACUGAUAAGGAAGUUAAGCAAGAUAUGAAGCACUUCCCCUUCACUGUCGUCAACAAAAAUGGUGCUCCCAACAUUCAAGUUGAAGUUAAGGGCGAAGACAAGGUUUUCACUCCUGAAGAAAUUUCAGGUAUGGUUUUGACCAAGAUGAAGGAAACUGCUGAAGCUUACCUCGGCAAACCCGUCACCCAUGCUGUCGUUACUGUUCCUGCUUAUUUCAAUGAUGCUCAACGUCAAGCUACUAAGGAUGCCGGUACUAUUGCUGGUCUCAACAUUAUUCGUAUUCUUAACGAGCCUACUGCCGCAGCUAUUGCUUACGGUUUAGACAAGACGGAUGGUGAAAAGAACGUCCUCGUUUACGAUUUGGGUGGUGGUACCUUUGAUGUUUCUCUUUUAUCUAUUGAUGAUGGUAUCUUUGAAGUCUUGGCCACUGCUGGUGAUACUCACUUGGGUGGUGAAGAUUUCGAUGCUCGUGUCAUUGAUCACUUUGUCAAAGUCUGGAAGAAGAAGAACAACGGUGAAGAUAUCACUACCGACCUCAAGACUAUGGGUAAACUUAAGCGUGAAGUUGAAAAUGCUAAGCGUGCUCUUUCCUCUCAAAUGUCUGUCCGUAUUGAAAUCGAAUCCUUCUUCAAGGGUAAGGACUUCUCCGAAACUUUGACUCGUGCCAAGUUCGAAGAACUCAACAAUGACUUGUUCCGUAAGACUUUGAAGCCCGUUGAACAAGUGUUGAAGGAUGCUGGUUUCACUAAGGAUAAGGUCGAUGAAAUUGUUCUUGUUGGUGGCUCUACUCGUAUUCCUAAGGUCCAGAAACUUCUUGAAGAUUACUUCAACGGUAAGAAACCUUCCAAGGGUAUUAACCCUGAUGAAGCCGUUGCUUUCGGUGCUGCCGUUCAAGGUGGUAUCCUCUCUGGUGAAGAAUCAUCUGAUAAGGUAUUGUUGUUGGAUGUCAACCCUUUGACUCUCGGUAUCGAAACCACUGGUGGUGUCAUGACCAAACUUAUUCCUCGUAACACUGUCAUUCCCACCAAGAAGUCUCAAAUCUUCUCUACUGCCGCCGAUAACCAACCCACUGUCUUGAUUCAAGUCUUCGAAGGUGAACGUGCCUUGACCAAGGAUAACAACCAACUUGGUAAGUUUGAAUUGAACGGCAUUGCUCCUGCUCCUCGUGGUGUCCCUCAAAUUGAAGUCACCUUUGAAAUUGAUGCCAAUGGUAUCUUGAAGGUCAGUGCUGCUGAUAAGGCUUCUGGCAAAUCCGAAUCCAUUACCAUCACCAAUGAUAAGGGCCGUCUUUCUGAAGAAGAUAUUGAACGUAUGGUCAGAGAAGCUGAAGAAUUCGCCGAAGAAGAUAAGGCUGUACGUGAUCGUACAGAAGCCAAGAACAAGUUGGAAAACUACAUCUAUACCCUUAAGGGUCAAUUAGGUGAGGAUGGUGUUCUUGCUAGCAAGAUCUCUGCUGAUGAAAAAGAACAAAUUGAAGAUGCCAUCAAGGACAAGCUUGCUUGGAUUGAUGAAAAUCCUACUGCUCUCCGUGAAGAUUAUGACGAGAAGCGUGAAGAGUUAGAAUCUGUUGUUAACCCCAUUACUACUAAGUUAUACGCCGAUAGCGGUGCUGGUUCCUAUGAUGAUGAUGAACCUUUAAGAGAUCACGAUGAAUUGUAA